AUGUUUGCCGAAAAAGCUUUAGAGCUGAUUAGAGAAUUAAAACGAUCUGUAGAUGGUACUAUGCCACCCUAUAAUAUACCAUAUAACAGACUUGAGAAUAUUAAGAAAAUGAGAUGGGAAUUUGGAAGUGUUUUACCUGCUGAUAUUAAAUAUAAUCUCUGUGAACAGGAGAUUCAAUGGUUUAAUAAAUAUAAUAAAUUAUUGGCUAAUUAUAUGAGAUCUAUAGGUGAUGGUGGGGGGCUGGAUUUAACACAAGAUAUAAAACCACCAAAAACACUCUUUAUAGAGGUACGCUGUUUAGUGGAUCAUGGUGAAUUUGAGACACAAGAUGGAAAUAUUUUAGUUUUAAAGAAAAAUAGUCAGCAUUUCUUGUUGAGAUCAGAAUGUGAACAUCUAAUACGACAAGGAAUAUUAGAGCACUGUGUUCACUAGGAGGACAACCAUACAACUUUACAACAGACAUAUUUAUUAUUAGAUUAGUAGAAGUUAUUAACUGUUGCUGGCAACAAACAUGAAUGGAUUAGA